CGUCAUUUCAAAAAGUCAGCACAAUGGACGACGUCCUCUCCACCAUUGUCAAUCUGGCCGUCACGUAUCUGCCGCCGUCGGUGCUGCAGACGCUCCUGUCGCCGCGCAAACGCAAGACCCUCCUGCGCCGCAUCGGCGUUGUUGUCUUCAUUCUGGCUGCUGCACGCUGGUACGCCCGCCGCGGCGCCAAGGCCGAGCGCGACCGGCUCCGACGCAUCCGCGACAAGACGGCCAAAGCGUGGAAUUACGACCAGCUCCGCGCCCUGCUCAAGCAUGAAGACCUGACGGCGCCGCUUACGCUGGUCGACCUGGAUGUGUUCGAGUCCAAUGCGAGACUGCUGACGCUGCCUGCGCUGAGUGGCGGCAAGCGUGUGCGCCUGGCGACCAAGUCGUUGCGUGUGCCCUGGCUGAUUCGCCAGGCCGUGCAGGCGAGCAACGGCGCCAUCACAGGUCUGAUGUGCUACUCGGUGCAGGAAGCCGCGUUCCUCGCCUCGCUGACAGAUGAGCAGCUUGCGGCCGAUCAGGUGGACGCCGCUCGCGUUGCAGAGACGGCAGCCGUCAAACCUUCGACCUCGCAGCAAUCUGUCGCAGCGCUGGCCGCCUGGAACAAGGACUUGCUGGUGGCAUACCCGACCGUCGACCAGAAGGACUUGGAUGCUGCGGCCGACUUGCUGCUCGCAGGUGUCAAGCUCACGCUGAUGAUUGACUCGCUCGAGCACAUCGAUCGGCUCGAAACGUUUGUCAUUCGCCGCAAGCGCAUCGCACACGAGGCCGCGGAAGGCGUUUCCACGGGUCCUGCUGCGGCGUCUACCUCGGCCAAUGUCGCCAGUGUCGAUCAGCUCAAGUUGCGCGUUUGCAUCGACGUCGACAUGUCCCUGCGACUCUUCGGCGGAGCGCUCCACUUUGGUGUCCACCGCUCGUCGUGCCGCACGAUUCAGCAGUUUUCUGCCCUUGUGACCCGUCUGCAAGCGUCUCCGCAUCUUCAGCUGGUUGGCGUCAUGGGUUAUGAGGCUCAAGUCGCCGGCCUGCCUGACAACAACGCUUACCAACGCUGCCUCAACCCAAUCAAGAGCUUGAUCAAGGCAGCAUCCAUGCGCUUUGCCGUUGUUCCGCUGCGCCAACAGGUCGCUGCCCUGCUCUCCAGCCGCAACAUCCGCCUUGAGUUUUUCAACGGCGGCGGCUCUGGCAACGUGGCGGAAACCAGUCGCGAGCGAAGCUUGACCGAGGUAACGAUUGGCUCGGGCAUCCUGCAGUCUCGCUUGUUUGACUACUACCGCGCCAAUGAGUGCAUUCCGGCGUUCGCAUUUGCCCUUUUCGUCACGCGAAAGCCAGACGCGCGCUCCGUCACCUGCCAAUCCGGAGGCUUUAUUGCCAGCGGUGCCACGUCGUCGGACAAGCAGCCAACGCCUUUCUUGCCCGCAGGCUAUUCGACCUACGCCCACGAAGGCUUUGGCGAGGUGCAAACGCCGCUGGUCUCGUGCUCGCGAGAGGCUCGGCAAACCCCGCUUGCCCUCGGUGACCCAGUCUUUUUCCGACCUGCCAAAGCUGGCGAGCUUGCCGAGCAUUUCCGCGAGUACCAUCUCAAGCGUGGAAACCGAGCUCUCGGCUCUGUUCGCACGUAUCGCGGCCACGAGCAAAAGUUUUUCUGAGCAAAACCUUGUUGUUGUUUUUGGUCUUGUUGUGCUCGGUGCGAUGUCAGGACUCGAGCAAUCUUUCUGAUACACACGAGAAAAUCUGUGACAAUUGGGGUUCUGGAAGGUGCAAAGUGAGGGGUUUUCCGACGUAGGCUGGAGUUGGUGAAAAUGCAUUGCC